AUGCAGACCGGCCCAUUCGCCGCCGUUACACGCGUUCCCGAUCAUGUGCGCAACAUGAUUCUGAACGAAAUUGCUUCCGAGAACAUAUGGCUAUUUGAUCGUGGCCGGUGCGAAGCGGUAACGGUGGGCGAUAUGCGGUCCUCCUCCUUUUCUAUCCCGAUGGCCGAGUCUCCCCCUGCAGUUGGAUGCGAAUUGGAUAACAAUGAACAUCUUCUUCUCUACGAUCUGAUGCGCGUGCGUAACGGCCAGGUUAUGUUUGAGAACGACCAUUUCAGUCGGAUACGGCAAAAUUGUAUAUUGACUGCCCCUACAGCCUGCGAUGCCGCUAACGUAUCGGAGGAUGAGGACCUGGGGAAACUCUCAACUUACAUUGAGGGUGUGCGGUCGACGACACGAGAUUUCAUUAAAUGUAACCCAUGGGAAAAUGGAGACGUCAAUCUCAAGUUUGUUACAUGGGUGCUUCCUUCCCAGUUGAGCGACGUAUCAACGGCAGAGAGGCGAAGCGAGCUUCUUCGAACUCUUUCCUACGCGGUUUACUACGUAACUUCCUUUUUCCCUCCGGAGGAUUGGUACGAGGAGGGAACGCGUUAUGCCAUGCUUUAUGAUGCUCAGCGGCAUACACCAAAUGCAAAGAUCCUGCAAGUCCCCCUGCGUGAGCGAGCAAAGGCGCUUCAACAGACCACUAACGCAUUCGAGGUGCUUCUUGUGUCGGAUAACAGGCGGCACUAUCUUGUUCCUGAAGGAUCACGCUCAAACUAUCUUAUUGUCUCCGGUGACGAGUCAUUGCUCUGUUCAUUGGAGGAAGACAUUCUUGUUGGCAUUACUCUCCGUGUUGCUCGAAGGGCUGCUGCAUGUGCUCGCCUUCCACCCCUGCGACACCGUAAGCUUGUUUUGGGGGACAUUUGCCUGGCGAAGAGCAUUGCAAUGUUGGGUACAAGCCCCGGUGUAUUACCCAUCAAAGAGAUUCAAGUAUUCUACGAUGAGGAAAGUAAACAGAAUUUCCUUUUAGCAAUGGAAGAUUAUAUGCAAGACAAGGAUGAAGAGAUCCAGCGUGCUGUCAUCAAUGUGCGUGGCCGCAUAUUGAAUGAUGACGGACUACUCCGAUUGGAAAGUCCAAGCUGCGAUACGCUGAAGCGCCUCAGAGCGGCCUAUGAAGCGGAGGCUCUUCUUUAA